AUCUUGGAGACCGUAAAAAAUUAAAAAGUCAAAUUUUCAAGUACCAUUUUAUGAAUUUAAUCCUUAAACUUUAUUUCCCUUCUCAAUUUCAAUCCUUUCGAUAAUUGAUAUAACUCCGUAGUAGUGAUUAUUUCUGGAGUGGAUUUUUUUCAUUUCUUUUUCCAUCUUUUUUAGGGAAUUCAUGGAUCGCUGGAGUGGAAUCUUGAAGGUGCCGUUGUACAAACGUAGCAGCACAACGUACUACCGGGUUGCGGCGUCGCUCCGCCUCUCUCCGUCUUCCAACACCUUUCCGGUACCUGCUGCAAAUGCUAUAUUUUUCAAUGGAGACCGAGUUGAAGGGACGGGGAAUCCUGUGAUAGAGAGGCUAUCAGAUUUGCAGAAGGUUGCAGAAAUCUUGGUUUCGAAAUUUGGGGAUUCGGUCAAUGCUUGGGUGAUUGAAGCCCCCAUAUUCAAUGGCCCUUUUGGUGUUUACAAGGACUUCAUCCCUUCAUGUAACGAUUCCGGAGAGCCUGAAGUCUACGAUGCAAAGGAAUUUCCGGCUUCUUCAUCGUUAGUCUUGCUGCUCUGGAAUUGCUUGAAAGAGGCUAAAAUUGUCGUUGCUGGGACAAGACAGAAACAAAUUUUCACUGCAGAGGACACCACACAGCCUUCUCAAAAACCUAGGACAAUACUCCUGGGCUUUAGUAAGGGCGGAACCGUACUCAACCAGCUUCUCUCCGAGCUCGCUGUCUCCCCAGUCCUGUCACCCGAAGACAAAGACCCCCAAGCAAACAAAGAUGAGAUCACGCCCACUUCUAAAGAAAGGUUUCUGAACAGCAUAGCCGAGUUCCAUUACGUGGAUGUUGGUCUGAACACAAAAGGGGCAUAUCUCACCAACCAAGAUGUGUUUGGCAAAAUAUCGGACCGGUUCAAGAGAGGGGCACCCUGCAUUCGUUUUUUCUUGCAUGGGACCCCCAGGCAGUGGGGUGAUGUGAGGCGAGGUUGGAUCAGGAGGGAAAAAGACGAACUCGUCCGGGUUCUUAAGGGAGUUGCUCAUAGACACAUGGGGAAAUUGUAUGUUCGCGAGAGGCUGUAUUUCGGCGACAUGCCUCCGGACAUGCAGAUGCAUUUUGAGAUCAUUGAGCAUUUGGAUUUCAGCUGAGUUCAUAUCUUCGUUCAACACUGCAGUCUCUGUUAUUGUGUGAUACUUCUUGUAAAUUAAAUGUUUGGUGAGAAUCUUUUAACUUGAAAGAAACUUGAACACAUGUUCAUUGUGUCCCAGGAUGUAUGCUUGAAAUUGCUUAUUACUCCGUGCACUUGUAUUUAUCUUCAGAAUUUGAAAUUUAGGAAGGUGGCGAAUAUAUUCAUUAAAAAAAUCAAGUUCUCUUU